CUUUCUGCUGCGGGCUCUUGGGACUCUGCUUGGGCUGCUGUGGGACCGCUUGUUUUUCGGCAAGGCCGGUUUCAAUUUACCAGCGGAAAGGAAAACACCAGAACACAAGCAUGAGACUAAGCAGAUUUGUGGAAUUCGGCAGGAAGAUAAUAUGCGUCGGAAGAAACUACAGGGAGCACGCUGAGGAAUUGGGCCAUGCUGUGCCCAAGGAGCCGCUGCUGUUCAUGAAGCCUCCAACAGCUUACAUUACCGAAGGGCAGUCUAUUAUGAUUCCUCGAGGUUGUGAAGAGCUGGACCACGAAGUCGAACUGGGCGUGGUCGUAGGGCGCCGAGGCUCGGCCAUUCGUGCGGAAGAGGCCCUCGACUACGUGGCAGGAUAUGUGGUAGCACUGGACAUGACUGAUCGGCAGCUGCAGAGACAGUGCCAAGCCCAGGGCCUCCCAUGGGAGCGUGCCAAGGGAUUCGACACCUCCUGCCCCGUGGGACACUUUCUGCCCAAGGAGUCUGUGAGUGACCCUCACGCACUCACCCUCUGGUGCAAGGUGAACGGGCAGCAGCGGCAAAAAUGGAGCACCUCGCACAUGCUCUUCACCAUCCAGCAGCUGUUGGAGGCGGCCAGCGCGCGCUUCACCCUCGAACCGGGCGACCUCCUGCUUACCGGCACGCCCAGCGGUGUGGGGCCCGUGCGUGCCGGUGACGUCGUCGAGGCUGGCAUCGAGGGGCACGGCCAGGUUCGCUUCCCAGUCGAGCAGCAGAAGCCCAAGCAGUAGUAUUGCACUAGGGUUAUUUUAGUGGAAUGGUCAUUUGUCCGUUUGAUGAAAGGACCCGGCACUAACGAGGUUGGAGGACGGGAGGAAGUAAUCCAUGCACCUCUUGUCUUGUAGAAUAAUGGGACUAGGAUUCGAGCAAUGACACAAAAGUGUGACUAGUACAGCACUAGUUCUUUGCUUUAAUGUACAUGUUUAUGUUUGACUUGCAUGGCAUCUUUCAUUCCUGACGAGUCGCCUAGCUUGGCCCUAGAUGUUUCUGCUUCAGCGAGCACAUCUGGUAUGGUUCUUCCCGUCCCGUUCUGCUUCCUCGUUAGUGCUACGUUCUCUCAUUGUUCUAGGGGCCUAGUAGUUGCGAAGCAGAAUGUUCGAAUUUCAAAUCUGGUUUCUCUUCGCACACUGAGUUUUUGCCCUAAGCACGGCUUUUCUAUCCGAAGCAGCUAGGCAGUCCGUAUGAGCAACCUUGGAAUGAAUGUGUGGAUGAGUGACAUACGGCGAAUAGCUACUUCAGAUUUUCUACUGCUGCAGUCUCGUAUCAGUUGUAGCUGCCGGCUCCUGUCUAAGUGGCAGAGUCUAGUUAUUGCACAGGCUUAGAACACUGAGUUAUUUUAUAGUAAUAUGACUAAUUUCGUGUUUCGCAGUAAUGCUAAGAAUGUUGCAGCUUAUUGCGACUAGCUUUUGAAGAACUCUACAAAGUACCUUAGUUUUUUCUUCAUUCUUCAUUUACUCUUUUCUAUCCUGGCAUUCUGGAAUAGAGAAAUCUACACCUACUGCACUGCCGUUCCAGCGAGCUAAAUGUGAAGGCUAUAACAUAAAAAAAAAAUUUUCUCGCUACCUGCACAUAUGGAGUUUGCAGAUUGUACUGAUCAGUACCGGAAGAAGUUUACAAAUGGCCAAACCUCUGACCUCGUGUAUCAUAUCGUAUCUUUACAGCACUCGUGUAGUUAGGCUUAUAUGAACAAGCCACACAUUUGAUGGCUGGCUGAAGCUCAAAAAAAUUUAAUAUUCAAAAGAAACGGCAAGUUUUUUAUGCAGUGCCUCUGAAUUUGCAGCGAAAAUAUUGCACCUAGUUUUUUUCUUCUAGAUGAUAUCUGGGUGCAUGUCCUGUCCUUCGUUUCUUAGGUCUGUGAGUUCCGCCCAGUGUAAUUUCCGCUGAUUAUUUGACGACUUCUAGUAGCAUGGCCAGUAACACGGUUUUCGUUUAUUUGGCUGAUGCAAAUAAUUGUAAGGUCUCCAAGCAUACAACAAUGCAUGAACUUUUUCAUUAGUGUGCGCACUCUUGAAAAGCAGUGGCUGUUGUGGACCUUCCACGAAACAAUCCUUCGUAGUUCUUAGGAGAGGUCUACGGGAACCUCUCAUUCUCUGCACAUCUUCUUGCCCUUUUAAAGCGCUGUGGAAGCGGCUGAACUUAUCAGGGAAACAAAGCCAUUCCAAGUGGGUUAUGAAUGGAAAGGUCGCUCUUUAUUCCUUCAACUUCUUUUCCAUUAGCGCUCUUCGGCAUAUCCAAGCUACAGUUAGUGCUUCUUACUGCUGUACUUAUGUCUUUCUACAAGGUACUGAGGCCAUCGAAACUUCUGAGGCCGCUAUCCCAUGUGUGGCCUGGGAAAUUUUGAAGGCCCUUGUACGUUCGUUUCUGUCUCCUGGUAGCCUAGCUCGAGGCUAAUUGCUCAUUAAAGCACGGUAUACCUAAUUUCAAUAGCUUUCAUCCUCUCUGCCUUUCUUUUUCGCUUCUUUGACAACGUGUCGUGUACUUUGCCCUUUUUCUCAAAAUUGACUCUAUAACUCUAGUUGAAUGAACAAUUGUCAGUCAGAACUUUGCGGGAAUGGCGAGAAUGCGAUUUUCUGCAUGUUUCUGGGUGCGCAAGCUUUCAGGCUUCAUUGACUGAUCAGGAGAGGCUUUGUAGCUGGUGGCACGAUAUGGAAGUUGUGGUCUGCUACUAUUGGAAAAACAGGCUGCUCUACAGUGAAUUGUCAGGGAGUUGUGACGGGUAGCCUGGGUACAACAAGCAGACUGAAAAUCCUGGCAUCAGCUAAAUUACUGUCUGCUUGCCCGUGCCACUGGUAACUGCAAACUGGAGGUCUACCGGUGUACGGGAACAAUUCUCGUCGCGAAAUGCAUCAACUUGCUCGGUGCAGACCACUGUAAUUCACUGUAGCUUCUACUGUGCUUGUGUGUAGACCUCGCUCAACAGCACAGGUGCAGUAUUGUAGUGUUUGGCUGCCUGUGAAAAGUGACAAGGAUGCUUAGAUUCUCGUCUGAUGGUGCCACACUUAGACAACUCCCAUAUAUCAGUGGACAUCUUGGUGCCUCAUAUAUACUGCAGUAAUUUCUAUGCCCGUUGACAAGUCUGCCGCCAAUCAUGUUUCACAGAUUUUUUUGUGUUGGGAAUAUAGGAGCAAGAAGGGGGCAGCUGGAAGUAAUUUAGUUGCCCUAGACAUUUUUUUUUUUUUUUUUUUUAUCGAAACUCUUAAGGACUAGUCGCAACACAUCAAUGUGUUCCUCUGCUUAUUAUUAGCUUUCGUUUAUUGAUAGCAGCGUUUUGCAAUAUCAGAGUGAUCUUUUUUUAUUGCUUUUUUUUUCUUCUUUUAGGGAGUGCACAAAACGAUGGUGCGAAAGCGGUGCCUCGAAGCAUGUGGCGCUUAGUACCGACUUUAGUUUUUCGUAGAUUUCCACAAAUACGGUGACUAUAACUGGCUCGCAGUUACUAUAAUUGACCACUCUCCUUACACACAUUUCGUUAAGCACAUUGAGCUUUUCAUUUUGAACGCACAAUUUCGUCUCGCAUAUUUUUUUACUUGUGGGUAAGGUUUCUCGAAACUCGGAAACUGUUAGCGAGGGCAGAGAGUGCAGUAGUAGUGCUAGAAGUUCUAAUGUUUGGUUGAGCUGGUUGCAUUUAAUAGUAUGGAUGUGUAUGUACACUGCUAUGAAGUCGUGCUGUGUUACAAGAAAAGACUAAUAUUAUGCGGCACGUUUAUACCUAUCAAGUAAGCUUUACUGUGUAUCCUUACAAAUGCUCUAAGGAUCAUGUAUUGUGGCAUGAUGAAGGGACGUGUUUUACAGCAUAGCUUUUCAACUAAAAAACAAUCAUUCGAGCUUGUUUAAUGUGUAAUUGCUGUUUGUGAGCCUGUGUAAAUGAGUGGAAGUCCUUUCGUGUGUAGUUGGAUGAAAGUUUCGUUUUCACAUGCCAAGGACAGUUGUGCUAGAAAGCUUCAUUCGUCUCAGUCCAAAUAUUGCAGGGCUGAUGACUUGCCCACCUGUGAGGUCUUCCAAGCACUAAUCGCUGCACCCGAAAGUGUUGACAUUUGAGCAGACGUUUGGUGGUGUGAGUGCACGUUGUUUGAAGUUGCACCGUUUGACUGGAGGCCAAUGUAAGGCAUAGUGUACAGAUUUAAAAUAUCUGAAGGGUUUCUUUAUCUGUAGCACGAACUGCAAUGUUUCAGCACUGAAAAAACUACACUGGCAGCACAAGUGGCUAGACAUGGGGCCUGUUGGAAGUUGAAUUUAAGCGUUUACUGGAAUACCUUCGGUAACCAUGGAGGAAUAUUGGUCGUGCAUGAGCCUGACGCCGUGAUGGUUAGUGCUGGGUUUAGCGACGACUGAAAACCCUGUUGGUGCUUGGCAAAGAACUCAUUGUUGCAAUGAGAUGUGUGUGCAGUGUGACGCUGUGUCUGAUUGUGUCACACGGUCGCUGCCAGUUUUUGCGGGUAUGGACGGCUUGGCUUGGUUUUCCUUUUUUUAAGAAUUAGCAAGUUAUGUGUUGAUGCCUUUGUACUUUCAGGCACAUGACAGUGCAGAAGAGUGGUAAGUUGAGCUAGUUGGUGUUUGUUCAUGGUGUAACAGCGCAAAAAACGGACGGGAACACAAAAGAACAGGGAAGUAAAAGCAGGUGCAGUUGUGUGCUUCCCCCAUCGUUUGUGUUACCGUCGGUUUUUUGUGCAGUUACACCAUGAACGUGACAGUUUCUCGCAACUUUAAAAGGGCUUCUAGGGACACUGUGCCAUGGUAUCGAAGUAAACCCAAAGGGAGGUAUCGUUUGUAUACAACAGCAAGUUCGAGUAGCCGAAGUGGGUUGGUGCAUUUUCUUGAGCACAGGUCUGAUGGGCAAGAAACUCAAAAGGGAGUAGGCACUACACUAUAAGCAGAGAAGGUUCUGCACUCUGAAUGGAGUAAGUACUUCAGGCCAUUUUUACUACACUCUAAGUGGAGAAAGUACUACCCUCUAAAGGGAGUAGGAACUUCACGCAAACUUGCGCUCUAAGCGGAGAAGGUACUAUACUCUAAAGGGAGUAGGUACUUCAGGCCAACUUUUUUUUCUCGCUCACGGUACACAGCACAGUUGCAGACUUGCACAUUCAGCGUGAAUGUUGCACAUGUUUAAUAAUGCCACAUUAUUGUGCUGUUGAGUACCAGCUUACCCAUUACUUCCCAUUACCGCACGCUUGUGUUUGUAGCAGGUGUGCCAAUGUUUACUGCAUUACAUGACAGUCUAAACUUUCUCAUUCGUUGCUGCUAGAAUAGAUUUUUUUGGUUUCUUAUGCUUAUGUUAGCUUUUUCUGAGUCGGUGCCACUGCCGUUUCUAGUAGAAAAUGCUCAUGGAAAGUUGUUUCCUUUCUGCGUGAAGGCGAUUUUGCUACUAUUGAACAAAUAAAAUCUGUUAACAACAAA